AUGGGUAGAACUUACUUUGUUGAGGAAGCUAUUGGGCAGUAUCUUUCAGACCUCAGCACGAAAUUAAAGCCUUAUGUCACUGGCCUGUUAAUAGGGCAGUGUUCCCUGCAAAGAGACUAUGUAAUUCGGGCUGUUCGAACACCUCCAAAGGAAGAGCAGAAGGGAGACAACGUCAGUCCUCCAAAUCUGGCGUCCAUCGAUGAAGAAUGGAUAACUACACACGCCAGUCAGGUUUCUCGAAUGCUUCCUGGAGGCUUAUUAGUUCUUGGUGUAUUUAUUAUUGCAACUCCAGAACUGUCAAAAGAUAGUCAAAAUGCUUUGCGCAAGCUAAUCUUCUCAGUGGAAAAGUCCUUGACUAAAAGAAGGCUCUGGAAACCUGCUGAGGAGGAGGUCUCGGACAGAGCAGCUCUUCAAAUUUGUUCUGCCACGAAAAAAGUAGUUUGCCGAACCUAUGAUGUACAAGACCCAAAGAGUUCAGCUAAACCAGCAGAUUGGAAAUACCAGAGUGCUCUGUCUGCUUCCUGGUUAGCUUUGGACUGCACAGUAAAUGUUAAUAUUCACAUUCCACUUUUGUCUACUUCACCAAACCAUGACUUGGAGAAGAAUACCAAGAAUGGAUUAAAUCGAUGGUCAAAACAAAUAGAAGACAGUGUUUUUCUGAUCAAUGGACAAGUCAAAGAUGAUGAUGCAGAACUACUGGAAGGGCAGAAAAAGUUAAGAGGAAAUACUCAGUCCAGCACUCAGUUUUCUGAUGUCAAAGUUCUGACACAGCUGUCCCAGGGUUCAAGUCAUAGAUCAACAGCUACAGUCCAGGUCUGCAGUGGUUCCAUAAAUCUGAAAGGUGCUGUGAAAUGCAGAGCCUACGUACAUAACAACAAGCCGAAAGUCAAAGAAGCUGUUCAGGCUUUGAAAAGAGACAUAAUAAACACAUUGGGGGAUCGGUGUGAAAUACUAUUUGAAGAUCUGAUUAUAAAUGAAGGACCUCACAAAAAAAGUUUUGAGAGGGAAUAUCAUGUCUUACCUCAGAGACUGUUUGUCCCCAUUGCUGGAUCCAGCGUGAUGCUCAGUGAUUAUAAGUUUGGUGAUGAGGCCGCUGGAGAAAUCCAGGAACGUUUUGUUGAGAUGUGGGAUCAGUCUGUGCCAGCUGAAGAUAUCCAUAUAGUGGAGGAAAUUAACACAGCAAAUUAAUAUUGUUGUAGCAGUGCAGUUGAUAUUUGUCCAAUUAUGGACAACAUGGAUGACACACAGCAGAAACAACUGACAAAAGCAACAUUGCUGUUGAAACUCCAACAAAAUAUGGGUGUGGUAAUAGCAGCUGCUGUCGCAGUCUUUGCAUCGAUCUUCUCUUUCAAUUACUUCAGUGAUUAG